AUGGAGACCGCCACCGUCAUCGUGGCGCCGGCUCCGGUGGCCAUCACCCAGCCACCGCAGCACAAGCUUAUGGAAUUGAAGUUUUCCUUUGCCCCGGUGGCGAAAUCAUUCUUCAUCGAGGAAGGCCAAGCUGGCCAAGAAGAAGCUCGUCGGCGGCUGUGGCGGAGCUACCCGAAUCCCCUGCAAUACUUCGUGAAGCCAGAUGAAACAGUGGCGAAGAAGAUCGUGGUGCACAAGAGCAGCGUGCGGGGGACGCACUUCUGGCACGCCGGCCCGCGGCGGCGCGUCUACUACCAGCUGGAUGAGGUGAGGGCGGCGAUCGUCACCUGUGGCGGGCUCUGCCUGGGCCUCAACACCGUCAUCCGCGAGCUCGUCUGCGACCUCCAUGACAUGUACGGCAUCACCGCCAUCUACGGCAUCGAGGGCGGCUACAAGGGCUUCUACGCGCGCAACGCCGUGGAGCUAACGCUGCGCUUCAUCAACGGCAUUCACAAGCGUGGCGGCACUAUGCUGGGCACCUCCCACGGUGGCCAGGACACGGCCAAGAUCAUCGACAGCAUCCAGGACCGUGGGGUCAACCAGGUGUACAUCAUCGGCAGCGACGGCUCGUAG